AUGUAUGUGGUGAACCUGCUGAUCCCCAGCUUCUUCCUCACCACAGUCGACCUCCUCAGCUUCCUGCUGCCUCCGCAAAGUGUGGACCGAUCUCUCUUCAAGAUGACCCUCAUCCUGGGCUACACCGUCUUCCUGCUCAUCAUGAACGACCUGCUGCCCAUAACUGGAGACACCAUACCUCUCAUAAAUGUGUUCCUGUCUCUGUGCCUGGGGCUGAUGGUAGCCAGUCUACUGGAGACUAUUCUCAUCGUCAACCUUCUGCGUGGCUCCGCUCAUUACUUUCGAGCUCCUCACUGGAUCAGAGUGUUUGUCCUUCGUAUCCUGGGUCAACUGGUGUGGCUUCCUCCAACGUCCAGUGAUCUACACGACAACACCGACAUCAUCCAAAAUCCUGCAGCUCAUGGUGCAGGAAUGAAAGUGUCAUAUUGUGUGGAGGAAGACAGCGAGGAUCCAGAGCAGAAAGGUCCACUGAAUAAGGACACGGUCCUGAAAGAGCUGAGGAACCUGGGCAGCGAGCUUCAGUCCCUGCGCCUGCAGACGGAGCAAGCGCUGGCUGUUAACCAAAGCUCAGAGGAGUGGAUCCAGAUGGGUUUUAUCAUAGACCGCCUGCUGUUUGGCCUCUACCUCCUCUUCAUAUCAGUCAGCUUCCUCACCAUAAUCAUUUUGUGGGUGUGGUCAUAAUUUUCAUUUCAUUUCAUUUUUCAUAAUUUUUCUUGUUACUUUUUUCCAAAGAAGGAAAACUUUAGCAUUUUGAAGUGAUGUAAUGUUACAUGACACAUCGCCACAGUGGAUCAUCUGCCUAUGUCACAUGACACGUCUUCAACAGUUUUAAUACGAGCAUAAUGACAUAACCACAUUCACAAUGGCUGAUGUGCGUAUUGAAGUAGUAGUGAAAUGUGAGGAUAAAGAAUACAUAAACGGUCCGAGUUGCUAUUUUGCAUUUUUGGCAUUAAUAUGUAAUAGUUUGUGUCUGCCAUUGUAGAAAGUGUUCA